AAGCAGUUUCUUUUUUUCAUUUAAGAAAUACCAUCAAAAAUCUCGAAGAUUCAUGCUUCAUUACCGGUUUAGCGUUUAGCCGGCUGUCACUUAGCGCGCGAUGCUCAAAGUGAUGAGAUGCAAGAGAAGUGACGCGGACUAUAUACCGAAGAUGUUAAGCUGUACGUGACAGUGCGACGCAAAAAUUAAUAUACACGUAUAUAUAAAAAUAAAAGCGGAAAACGCAUUUCAAAUAAAGUAUUAAUUCUACGAAUGUGGUGUAUAUAAACGAGAAUUAAAAUCUCUAAAAUCAAACUCAGGCAUAUAAUAAUAAAAUAAUUAUUUAAAUUAAUUAAUAUAUUUAAAUAAAUAAUCUGUUACAAAAAUAUUGGAAAAGUCAGUGUAAACUAGUGAUAUUUAAUAGUAACAUACCAAAAAGCCAAAAGCGUGCAAAAAAAAAAACCUAAUAAGCAUAUAUAUAUAUACAUAUAUGAGAUAAAGCGCAUUGAGCAAUGUUAACCGAUUUAUUGCGCAUCACCUUUUCCACUUUUCUACUUUUCUUCUGUGCAUUAUGGCGCCAAUCAAUCAUCACACAUGCACAGGAAAUACCAGCCAUUCCGUGUCCAAAUUAUUUUCAAUAUCUCAAUACCGGCAAUCAAUAUAUCGGACGGAUCACACUGCCCAAUAUACCACUGGGUAAAUCGCGCUUGGAUGUACGCUUCUCCCAGAGAUAUCCCGUACAAUCGAAUUACUUCGGUCGCUUAUCACUGUAUGAAGAUCAACAAACGACAUUUAACAAUUUGGCGAACGGUCUUCCCGUUUCCUAUCGCGUGGACUUCCCCUUAGUUAAUGUGGUGCCAAAGCUGAUGCGCAUCGACGUCAAUGGAGUCACCGUUUGUGCGGCUGAUGAGUAUCCCCCACCAAGUACGGCUUUGGAUCUACAACACACACUACAAACAUCAACUGUAACUGCGACGCUGCCGCUUAAUAGCAAUUUUGAGCGUAGUCCAUUAUUCCCUACCAACACCAACACAAUAACAAGUCAACCGACUGUUCAACGAUUCCCACAACAAACACAGCUGAUUAGUGAAGUCAGAAACCCCCGACCUGUAGCAGUGAGCACAAGGAUCACACAGCCACGUCUAGAACCAGCAACCCCUGCCAGGGAUUAUACGCGUUGUGGUGUGGAGGGCAAUACCGUUACACCCUUCAUACAUGGUGGCAUACAGAUUUCACGCGGCCAAUUCCCUUGGUUGGCGGCAGUCUAUCGAAAACAGUCUUCUGGUUUGCGCUUCUUAUGCGGCGGCUCAUUGGUCUCCUCGAAUACGGUGAUCACGGCAGCUCAUUGCUUUAAGCUCAAGUCCAUUGGUGCCUCACAGAUUGUGGUCUACUUGGGUCGACACAAUUUGGAGAAUUAUGGUGAGGUCGGCGCUGUGUCGCGUGAUAUACGCAAUUUGCUGAUACAUCCCGACUAUAACAGUAAGUCGUUGCCAGAUGCGGAUAUUGCUAUUCUACAUAUGCAGUCAGCGGUGAGCUUCAGCGAAUUUAUACGACCCAUUUGCUUGUGGAGCGAAUCGGCGGAUAAUGCGCUUAUAGUCGGUCAAACAGCGUUCGUCGCCGGCUGGGGUGCCGAUGAGAAUGGUCGUGAAGUCACCGCGUUACCGAAAAUGGUUGAUGCGUCCAUCGUCAGCGACAACGAGUGCCUGCGCUCGUCGGAGGUCUAUAGUAAACUAACGACGCCACGCACCAUUUGUGCGGGUAAUCGUGAUGGCACGGGUCCUUGUAUGGGCGAUUCAGGUGGCGGCUUGAUGAUGAGUCGCAAUGGCGUCUGGAUGUUGCGCGGUGUUGUAUCGGCUGGUCUCACCAGUCAGGGACAAUGCGAUUUAAGUCAAUAUAUUAUUUAUUGUGAUCUGGCGAAGCAUUAUUCGUGGGUACGCAGCAAUGUGUUAGUUUAGCGCACAGCAUAACCAAUGGAGGGUAUACGUGGUGGAGCAGUGUGAAAGUCGUGCAUUUUUUCAUAGUCUUUUUAAUGGUCACAAAAUAAUUUUUCGUAGUUAUUAUAUUUAAAAUAUUUAAUUUAUU